UUUAACCCCUCGAUAACCGCGAUACCGUCUCAAUAACGGCGUGGUUUCAUCGUUUUCGAACACGAAGUUCGGCGUAAGAUGGAUCUCGGGAUGGAGGCGGGUUAAGGAGAUCCGUAGGAGUGACUACACGGUUCUACGUAUACCCUGCAUGGCCCCAUAAGGGCACAGUGGAUCCAUGGGCAGGGGUUGGUCUCGUGCUACCGGCGCAGAGUGGGGCUCGAGAGGAGAGGAGAGGAGAAUGAGAACCUCGGUGAGAGGGGGCUUCGCCCCGGUCGGGCAACGGUUCGGUGCCGGGAAGGGAGUUGGGAAACGAAGGCGCCGCUGGAGUUGCCAGACGAGUUUCUGCCGAGGCAGGACGAGCUCACUUUCAUGGCUCUCUGACAGCUUGGCUUCGGUGCUCGACGUUCUUGCCUUUCGUUACUCUCCGAGUUCCCGAUCGUCGUUUUGUUCGACCGAGUCGGUGUGAAGUGAAUGGGAUUCGACACCAGAGUUUCCGGUGAUUUUAAUCGACGAGUCAACGAGUUGACAGUUGACGAACCAUCGUCUCGGACUGCUCCGUAUUCGAGACGCUUCUUGCUAUAAGUAUCGGAUGAAUUUUUGGUGAUUUUUAUUCGUCAACGGACUCGACGGUUCCAGGACAAUUCACUUGGACCUUUGCUGGAUUUCUGGUGAUUCAUAUUUCCAACGAAAUGGGCAACGAGCGAUUACUGGAAACCAACGUAUCUGUGACGUCAUUGAAGAUUUGCGAAGAUCGUAAUCGAUACUCUGUAACCGCGUAGUGUUCGAUACGAGGAAUAACGAAUUGGUACCAGCUACGGGCAUCGAUAAAAACAUAAAGGAAUCGGUACCAUUACUGGUAUCGAACUGGGGCGCUUCCUAGCGACCGAUACAAUUUACUUGCCGUUUUUAAGAAACGCGAGUGUUAGACGAAGAUAAAAAAUAAAUAAAUUGAACAGGAAACGAGGGUGAACAGAGGAUUCGGCGGCCGUCGCUCGCGAGUCUCGAGAAAUAAGUUUAUGCACCUGCCGCCAGUGGUUCUCGCGGCGCCACUCACGUGUUGCAUGCGUACCAUCGCCAUCCAUCAUGGUCGCGGUCCCGGGACCGUUCUGAUUGGUCCGCGCCGCGGUCACAUGGUAUGGUAAUUGGUCUCCGGUGGGCGGGAAGGAGCGAACGAGGCCGCGCGGUGCUUCGCGGAGAAUCGCAAAAGGUGGCGGAAAGAGAGGAGAGGACAAGCAGCUGUCCGUCCACCGAGAGAGACUCGCCGCCGCUCUCUCUUCGCGGUCUCCCCGGUGCUCUUUUCUCGUUUCCCCCCUUCGCGCGAGUCGCCCUUUUCCUUUUUUAACCGCCUUCUCUCUUGCGGCAUCCCGACGCCGCGGUUACACCGCUCCCCCGGCCUUUCUCGGGUGGAAAAACUCACCCCCCGAUCGUCGGUACCGAAGGAUGUCGGCCACGGUGCAGUGAGGUGUGUUCUACGUAUCCGAGAAUGAAUAUCGUCGACAUGGAACCUCGAGACGCUAUAAACUGACUCCGGAGUUGAAAAAGUAAAGUGCCGUACUUCGAUCAGACUGAAAAAUUCGAAUUGGUGGUGCAAAUCGGAAAUUGGUAGCGCAAUGAGUACGACGUAUCUACCCUGAACGAGAUCGAUACGAUAACCGACGCGUAAUUACAGACCGGAGAAUUGUAAUCGGUGGUGUGAAUCCCGUCAAGAUGAGCUCGUUCCUGAUGAAUCCAUCCGCCGCCGGUGGAUAUCAUCAUCACCAGCACCAGCAAGCAGCGAACAGUCAUCAUCUGGCGGCGACGUCGGUGAUGGUAGACCCGAAAUUUCCCCCCAGCGAAGAGUACAGCCAGAGCAACUACAUCCCGUCGACGGGAACAGAUUUCUUUCCCGGCAGCGGCAGCGGUCACCACUUGAAUCAUCCUCAAUCCCAUCAAUUGCAGUACGGCUAUCAUCAGCACCAUCACCAGGCGGCGUCGACUCCUUACGGCGCUUCCUCGGCGGUACAGUUGAACGGUGGAUACGCCGGCUACGGAGGAUACUACGGUCCGCAUCACCCUCAUCACCAAGUGCACGCAGUUCACCAUGCGAGCCUCCAUCCGCACCAUCACGCGGUCGGCGCGCUGGCGAUGCCGCCGGAAGCUCAGCAACCACCCCUCGCGUGUCCCGCGACGAUGCAGACGCAGCAACAGCAACCGCAACAACAGCAACAGCAACCACCUGUGUCCGCGUCCACCGUCCUUGGCGCCACGCCGCUGUCACCGGGCAUUAUGCAGAAUCACGUGCAGCCGGACGCGCUUCAGCAUCAUCAGCAGCCGAGUCAGCCGCCGCACGACAACACAGCCUGCAGCCCGGCCAGUUCCGGUCACCUGCAUCGCGACAAUUCGCCGGAUCUUCAACAGCAACCGUCUUCCGGGCAGCAGCAGCAACAACAGCAUAUACAAAAUUCGCAGCAGCAACAGACGCAGCAGCAGAGUCAACAGCAGCAUCACGUGGACGAUGGUAGCGAUCAGGACGAUAUGGAGGACGAUCAGAUGAUGGACGGUUCGCCAGGCAUGAUGGAGGAGGAAGAGGAGGAUGAAGAAAACGGGGAUCGGGUGAUCUAUCCGUGGAUGAAGAAGAUUCACGUUGCUGGCGUCGAAGGAAGUCGACUAACGCGGCCCGAUCUCUGUUUGGUUAUUGCAGCGAAUGGCUCUUAUCAGCCGGGGAUGGAGCCGAAGCGUCAGAGGACCGCGUACACGAGGCAUCAGAUCCUCGAGCUGGAGAAGGAGUUCCAUUACAACAGGUACCUGACGCGACGGCGACGGAUCGAGAUCGCUCACACGUUGGUUCUCUCUGAGCGGCAGAUAAAAAUCUGGUUCCAAAACCGUCGGAUGAAGUGGAAGAAGGACAACAAGCUGCCCAACACGAAGAACGUAAGACGGAAGAACGUGAACGGACAAGCUGCGCCGCCGCCGUCGAAACCUGCGAAGACGUCGUCGAGCAGGUCGAAGUUGACCACUGGAAACAAUAACAGCCAGAGGAAGAACAACAAUAAUUCACCGUCGAGCGGGAUGGACGCCGGUCUCGAGCCGAGCGUCUCUAUGACAGACAUGUCGGACGUCCAUUCGACUCUUCCUCACGCGAACGUGGUCCACCCGAGCUUCCAGGGUCACCCGCAUCCCCUGGCCCAUCUCCAGGCGCAGCUGAGUCAUCAUCAUGUAACCGGGAUGAUGGAGGGUCCGGCCGGUGGCCCGUUGGGGCACAUCGCCACCGGAAGUAUCAGCCCUCUAGCCCCCGCCACGAGUCCGUCGGGAUUGUCGCAGGUUACCGCACCCAUACCACCGCCGGCAAUCAAAUCCGAUUACGGAUUGACGGCCCUGUAACAUCCGUACGGGGAACCCGAUAACAAUUCUACGAGUCGGUGUUUCAAUCUCAUUGGCCAGGAAUUCGUUGCCGUUUGGUAGUCAAAGUUUAUUCUCGUUAAACCGUUCCUGUCGCGAUCGAAGCACGCAGUCGAUGAAGUCUCGGUGUCGUUGGCCAAAAGUUCGUUCGCCGACCGAAGUUGUACUCAGAACUUGUGCGGUGAACUAGGAUGAUCGGAACGCGAGUCCUUCUACCGAAUUUAUAACGAAAUCUCGAUCGAUGCCGUCAGAAGUGAAAACCGACGCCCGGAGUAUAAAUGACAUUUUCAUGGUUGUUAGACCCUGAAGAAUGGAGAACGAGACCCCCAUUAAUGGAAUGCAUAGGGGUUGGGAAUUAAACAGGAAGCCACGUCACCCUUUGAUCCUUCUCGCUGCGAAUCAUUGUUUGAUGGAUGAUGCGUCGGGCGAAAAACCGGAAGCAAGGGCUCUCUCUAUUCUCGAUCGUGAAUUCUACCGUGGUCUCACGGUACCGUUGCCGGUGUUCAAUUUUUCCGACUCGAUCGCCCAUCGUCCCAGAUCGAAACAGUGACCUGAAUGCCAAGGAUGAGAUUCCCUGCAAUUCCGCGGCCUUCCUUCGCGAAGAUGGCUGAGUCAUCAUCGCCCGAACGAUGCAUCUCUUCGGUGAAACAAAUGGACGCUCUGAUAGGUGUCGGUUACCCGUCUCUGAGCUCGUUGGUGUGCACCGAUCGUCAGAUUUAACUUUGUCGGCACGCUCGUCAGCCGAGAAGACGGUGAUCAACGUUUGAAGUCUCGUCCAAACUUUUGGAACCGUGAAGUAUGGUGACAGGGCAGUCGAGGACCGAGCGACGCCUCCUGAGUGUCACUGAGUUAGAAGUUGGGGUUGGAAUUUGGACAGAACGAUGAUAGAUUCCGUGUAGUUUUCGAAAGAGUGCGGAAAGAAACCAAACGAAUUGCCAGUGGUACGUGAAAAGACAGCUUGUCGAGGGACGGUGGUGAUUCGCGACGAAAGACUGCAUUCGGUACGUCACAAAUCUUAGUUUCCUCUUUUUAGGUCCACGAGACGAGUCCUUCGACGAAUUUAAUUAUCUUUGACGUUAAUUCUGACUAUAGAUUCUUCGGAAUUUGUAAAAUCUUGGAACUCGUCGAACCAUAGGAAGGGUAAUAAUCGAUAACCUACGUGAAACUGUACAUAAAAUACAUAGGUGAAACGCGCGCUGUGUACAUAGUCGUGUAAAGAAAGUCUAAUCGCUAUGCGAUUAUAAAGUGCAUCGUAUUUCAUAUGUUAUUGCAAUAAGUGUGCAGUCUCUAAGUGUUAAGUACUCGUUUCAUACUCGUGGAAAGCAUUAAGAGCCGAUGCCGAGCGGAAUUUUCGCGUCUUACAAAAGAUUCGCUCCGAAGAAACGAAAGGAUGACCGAUAGUUCAAUUUUCGACAUAGAUAAUAGAAUCGGAGAAUUUAAUACAAAGAACGUUGGACGACAAUUUUCUUUUAUGUUUUCUGUGUCAAAAAAUAAAAUAGCCUUUCAACAGAAAUAUAAAUAGCUCGGUUCGUUCAUCUAAUCGUCGUUCGUUUCACGCGAGUUCUUUGCCCAGCGUAUUAAGGCUCGUUGUCUCGGCGAAGUGGAAACUUCCCGCGUUGGUCAGACGAGGCGCACCGCCGUACGCCAUGCACCGAAGCGAGCCGCGACUACUUUAAUUUCGCAGGAAAUCGCGUUCAGGCUCGCUCGCACUUACGUUGUACAUACACACAUAACGCAGUCGAGAUAUCUAUUUUUAUCUGAGAAAGUAUACAGAUCGACCAAUAACGAGGAUAGGCACGCUAAAUGAAACUACGUAAUAGGCGAGCGACGUCCAGGUGGGAACUGGCGAAGAGUUCAAAGGAGUAGCAAUCAAACGAUUUUUAAAUAAAUGCACAGAGUCGCUGUGACGCUAUACCAAAACGAUGUUAUAAGCCGAUUUAACGAUAGAAGCGUAGUGAUGUUAAGAAGGGAACGCGUUAACGCGACUCCGUUCUAACCCUUGGAAACGAGAACGGGGGAACGGCGGUCCUAGCGUAAUUGUAAUUUAGCCAGAUGAUUGAAACGUGUUCUACUAAGUGUGACAAUUGUAUUUCACUAUUCCUAUCGAUAAUUGUAUAUAGCCUGUACGAUAAGAACGUGUUCGGGCAUGCACCCGAUGCUUGCGUUUCUAUUGAUCGUAGAAAUCGAUCAAAAUAUAAAUACACGAAGCGAAGUAAAAAUUGAAUCAAUAAAUAAAUGUUUCGUAAUUUACAAUAA